CCCCUCGCUUCUCCGUCUGCCCUCAAUUCGAUCCUCUUCCUCGCGGUCGCGGCUCGCGGCUCCCUCUCCUCCUCAAGACCCCAACCCGUCGCUGAGGCGGGUGCGCCACCGAUCGACGCGUCCUCCCUGCUUCCUGGUUCCCACCCGUUCACUGUCCCCGCCGCUCGUCACGGAUCCAUCAGGGAUUUGGAUCGAUUUGCUUAGGUUAAAAUCAAGUAAUAUUUUGUUGGGCGGAAAAUACAAGGCCUACACCAGAAGGAAUACCCUUGUGCAGCAGACGAAGAGCUGUCUCUCUGUGUGGUUUUGUUUGGUUUAUUUCUUUGCAGUUGCAGGGGGAGAAUCUAAACAUUAUAUUGGAGGGACAAAUUCGUCUUGUUACUUUUUAGUUUAUCUGUUGGGCAUUAACCUAGUUGAACGGUGUGCAGAUUUAUAUAGGUUAAAAAGUGAUCAGUUUACCAGGAGCAAGAGUUAGCCCUGAUGAGUACUGAAGUAGAUCACAGUUAUUUUGGUCUUUCUAUUCACUUUCUCCUGAUAUUUAACUUUUUGAGUAAGUUUGCAGAUUAGGUCUUAAAAAGGGAUUGGGAUUAGGAUUUCUUGGAAGGGCCUGAGCUGUAUAAUUUUCCAGUCAUACAGUGGGCUGCACAGGGUUAAUUUACAGGAAUAUUACUUGUUGGUGAUCCUAAAAGAAGCAUAUGUUGUGAGCCCUGGUUUGUUUUAGCUGCAUGUGUACCUUUUUGUCUACUUAGUCUUGCACAUUGACGACCUUUAUUGAGGUAUUCCUUUAUCCCCAUGGUUUCUAGAUAACCAAACCAUGAAUGUAUAGGCACUCUAGUUCAUCUUAUAUUGAAGAUGGUUAAUGAUAUGUUUUUUGCUUAUGCUUGCAGGCACUCUGUCAGCCGCAGAGUUGAAUCAUGGCGGAGCACUUGGCUUCCAUCUUUGGCACUGAGAAGGAUAGGGUCAACUGCCCUUUCUACUUCAAGAUUGGGGCUUGCCGUCAUGGGGAUCGCUGUUCCCGUCUGCACAACAGGCCAACCAUAUCACCGACUCUUGUGCUUGCUAACAUGUAUCAGCGUCCUGAUAUGAUAACCCCUGGAGUAGAUGCUCAAGGCCAACCUAUUGAUCCUGAGAAGAUGCAGGAGCAUUUUGAGGACUUCUAUGAGGACAUCCAUGAGGAGUUGGGCAAGUUCGGUGAGAUUGAGAACCUGAAUGUCUGCGACAACCUUGCUGACCACAUGAUAGGGAAUGUCUAUGUCCAGUUCAGGGAGGAAGAACAGGCAGCUGCAGCAUGCAAUGCUCUUCAGGGUCGCUUUUACUCUGGCCGCCCAAUAAUUUUGGAGUAUUCUCCUGUGACUGACUUCCGUGAAGCAACCUGCAGGCAGUUUGAGGAGAACAGCUGCAACCGUGGUGGCUACUGUAACUUCAUGCAUGUGAAACAAAUUGGCAGGGAUCUCAGGAGGAAGCUUUAUGGGCAUUCUGCUUCCAGGAGGUACCAUGGGAGGAGCAGAAGCAGAAGCCCCCCACCUCAAAGGAGGGGUCAUCGUGAUCGUGAUGACUACCAUCGUGACCGUGAUGAUUACCGUCGUGGCGGCGGCGGUGGCGGCGGCGGACGGGGUAGAGGCAGCAGACAUGACAGGUAUGAUGAUGGAGGGGGCAGAGGCGGCAGGCCAGACAGGUAUGAUGAUGGAGGAAGACGCAGGCGGGGUAGCCCACCCCCAAGGCGUGGGAGGAGCCCAGUCAGGGAGAGCAGCGAGGAACGCAGGGCCAAGAUUGAGCAGUGGAACCGUGAACGGGAGGCAAAGCAGUGAGGUCUCUGUGACAAGUGUCUUGAGACGAGCAUUGUUCACUGAGUUGUUUAGCUCGUCGUUUACCCCUAUAUUCUAAGUGAACUGGUGUUUGGUGAUAUUCUGCUUGGCUAAACCUUUUUAAGUGCAGGACUCCUCAGUUUAUUUGGUUAAUCAGACAUGUAAGCUUCAUUUAUUUUCAUCUGUGUUUGCAUUGUAUCAUUUGCUUGCUUGCUGUUGAAGCUAGCAUUGGUGUGAGUGUGAGAUCAUUAUUGGUGUUCGUGUUAUGUCAGUUGUGACUUUGUCAUUCGAACCACAUGGUUUUCAGCUCUGUGCUAUGUUGUUCCCUGGUGGAUUUCCAGUC